AUGCCAGUGUUCGUCAUGUGGAGCGCUCUCUCACCAGUGCUCGUCGUCGGGAACAACAAUGGAAACUUAUUGAUUUAUAACCAUCGCACUAGUCGAAAAAUUCCGAUUCUGGGAAAACAUCAGAGAAGGGUGACAUGCGGGGCUUUCUCGUCGACGGAUCUGUUCGCGUGUGGAUCUGAUGAUUCAACGAUCAGCAUUUCGAAUAUAGAUGGUGACACUCUAAACACAUUGGCUUGUAGCUCGGAGCCGGCGGCCAUUCAAUUCACUGAAAUGAAGCGGACUACCCCUGAAAGGGGCACCCAAAAUGACAUCCUGGUGAGCGCUGUUCUGGGGAAACGAAUUCUGAUGCUCGUCAACUUGUCCGACACCGAGAAUCCGAUCAAUUUACAGUUUCAGCAAAAAUACGGCGAUAUCAUUUCAUAUUCUUGGUACCACGGUGCUUAUAUGGUGCUCGGCUUUGAGAAAGGUUUCAUCGUUUGCAUCUCGGCACAUCAAAGCGAGAUUGGACAAGAGAUUUUCUCUGUUCAAGAAUAUAAAAACUAUUUGGGUGAUAUUCGGGUUUCAACAACUUUCGACAAAGUGAUGUCCGUCGGUGAUCAUCAAUUAAAACUUCGUGAAUUGCAACAAAUGCAAGAUCUCUUCACAAUGUUAGAAGUGGAUACAGAGAAAGAACUUACCCAAAUCGACUCGAAUUCCGACGGUCAACUGUUAGCGGUGGCGGGUGGAGGCGGUUCGCUGAGUGUUUAUCUCACUAAAAUGCCAUUUAUGGGCGCCGCUUACAAAGACACUCUCGCUCUCCUCACAAAUCUAAAUGAAGUCACCGUUUUGCCCGAAGCUGACAAGGCCAAUCAAUCCGUGGUGCCUUUAAUGUUAGAGCCAUCCGUUCUCGCAGUCGGCCCUUUUCACAUCGCUGUCGCUUCAAAUAAUCGAGUCUGGUUCUACGAUUAUGUGAACAAUGUCUCUGAACCAACUGCUAGCUUUGAGUAUUUAUCGACUGUUCAAAAUAUUCUAUUAAACGAAGAAUUCGCGGCGGUGUUGAUGGAGGGAUCGGCAAGAAUGCAUCGGAUAAUCGAGAAUGAAGGCAACGAGAAAGCGACAACUUUCCCAGAGCCAAGCCGUCAAGCGCGACUCGUCGCCGCGGGGAUCACUGACGAUUUCUUCAUCUUUACAACAGAUAGCAACUAUGUUGUAUAUUUUGCGAUGGAUGAAUGGGCUGUAGUAAACGAGUAUCGACACACAUCACUGAUUCGUCAACUUUUCCCAGAGCCAGAAGGAGUUCGAAUCACAUUUUUCGAUGAGCGACUAGAUACAUAUGUUUAUAGUCCCGUUGAUGACUCUUUGCACAAAUUGCCACCAGUUGGAUCGACUGUACACUAUAAAGCUGCUUUGUGGGAGACUUUUACGAUUGAUCGAGACACUUUCGUUGUCUACGAUCAUCAAAAUCUUUACGUCUUUUUAUUGGCGAAAAAUCAAAUUGAUGGUGAAGGGAUCUUGUUUAUCGGCAGCACAAAGCUCCCAUUUGGACACACUCCGCUAAUGUUAAGUAAAGGAAUCGUUCACUGUUUAACGCCGUCUGGUCGACCGUCCGGUGUUCUCCUUGAAACUCACAAAACUGACACUGUUCUCGAUGGAAAAACCCCGGAAACAAUUCAGCAAUUGUUACAACAAGCUUUACGACUAAAAAGG